AGUUGAUACAUGUAUUUGAUAAAAUUCAAACAUGCUGUUUUGACGCUGUAUAACUUAAUGUAAAAUAACAACAAUGAUAUGGCGAAGGAGUGAACUGUUAAAUAUACCCUCGGUGGUCAAUUCGUUGUGACUCAAGCAAACAAAUAGUAACAUCGUGUGCAGAAAUAAAUGUGCAGACAAUAACCUACGGAAUAUCUAGUAUAAGAACUACACACGCUAUGGAUUAAUCGUUGUGCGAUUGAACGUAGUUAUUCAUUUGCGUGAGAUUGAUAUUACAAGUGAAUUCUAGUACAGGGUAGUUAACAGACUUUGAAUCUGUUUCCAAGUGAGCAGGAAGCAACUAUAUGUCGAUGUAACAAGGGGGUAAAAAUGUGAAAACAUUUUAUAUAAUACCUAUAUUCAAGUCACAUGACACACAAUACAAAUGUCCUACUUUUCAAACUAAACUGUACACUUUGUGAUCUUGUUAAGGCUCGUAUACUUUUCCAGCGAGACGAGAUGAGCAGUGGUAAAUCUUUGUUAUUCUUGGCCGUGAUUGCCCCUUUAGCAUUUCAGGCAAGCCUUGGAUAUAAAUUUGGUUACUGCCCAGCGUAUGUAGACAGCGAAGGAGUCCCUCGUCUAGGCUUUUACUGUACAAUGAAUUUCAAACCAUAUGGACUCCAGCAUGUGUUCUGUUGUGGAAACAUAACGUACCGUUACUGCUGUGACGAUAUGGAGAAAAACUUUGAAGGGAUCAAGUUUUCAAAGCUAUACCUAUACUGGAAUCAAUGUUGGGUCGUAGUAGUUAUGAUUGGGAUAACUCUAGUUUUUGUAGCAGUUGCCCAGAUCACAUAG